AUGGCGUCUCAUCAGCAGAGUAUUCUGGCCGAAAAUCGAGAACUUAGAAAGAGGCUGGAGGAGCAACAAAGUAUCUACCGUCGAAAGCUUGCUGGGUUUCAGGAAAACCAACAACGGCAGACGCAACUGGUUGAUAAACUCCAAGAGAAGGUAAGACCAGUUCACUUUCUCGGUAAAUCUUCCCCCUCUCACUUCUAGGUUGUGCAGUAUAAGGAGAAAUGUCAGGACUUGGAGUUUAAGCUUCAAAUACUCGAUAACGAAGCGAAGACCAGGAGGGUGAGUGAAAGACAGCCGUCGCUAGCGCACAUGUUACAUUGGAAUAUUUAGCGACAAAGACAGAGACAGCGGGAUAAAUAAUUCUGGCUUAUUUUGCAUUCUUUACCAGUGACACUCCAACUCCAGGCCGCAUACUCGAGGUUUGAGUCCGAGUCCAUUGCUGCACACCACUCCAAUGCGACAUUUUAUGUUGUUCACAUAUUUGCUGAAAGAGACCGGUUGUGUGGAUCAUGGCGGACUCUUAGUGCGGUGAAGACCCAGGGGCAAAAUAAGGGGCUUCAUACGAAGCAAGUAAGCCCUGGAAGUUACCAAAAUAAAUUAGCAGAUUACUCACUUGUCAAUGCCGGUUUACCAGACGGAAAUUAAUAUAGGAUAAAUUAUCUCUUCGAAAGACUAUGCUUAGUUGGUGAGGGUACGUACGCUAAGAUAUGGAACCCGAAAAGCUUUUCCUACGACGAGGCCUGAGCAUUCACCUGACAAAUGAAAAUCGCAUUCAUCUCUGGCCACUUGGACUACUGUCCUGUCGUUUAGUGUUGGCCCGUAAAUUAAUAUCGUUCUAAUGACCCUAAAAUGGCAGUUGCAAUGGAAGUGCUAAAUACCCACAGAUCGCGUUUGAUCCCCGGUUGUCAGAACGGACAUUCCGAGAAUAGUCCAACUGAUAGUGACCACCUGUUUGACACCGUAGCCGGAAGGCGCCAACUUAUCAAUAGACCUUAAGGUUUUUCGCCAUGCAUCAUACGGACUUCAUAAGUUAGUGUUUCUCGUACAUAGAUGGAAACCACUGUAGAAUUCAGAGUUGGAGGAGAAGUGAAGCUGGAUGCUCGUAACUACUGUGCGAGCAGUGAGAAUGUCAUCAAUCGGUUUGUCAGAAACAAAUACUGCCUAUCAGAAGUCCUUAUACAGAAGAUGUGAUAACUCAUGAAAUGUCAACCAAAAUUUCGAAAUGCGUUCUCGUUUCGAAAAGUUAAAUUGAGUAGUGUUGUAAAAAUAAUCAAGAUGCAGCAUAAAUCUAUAAUGAUCCAGUUACCUCAGGGUGUCGGCUUUUGAAAGAACUUAUUUUCGGCUGCUUGCAAGAUCUAUACUCAGCAAAAAGUGACUACUUAAGUAGUAGACAAUUUUCUCAUUGAUUUUCGAUGCCCUUGAAAAUUCAAUUAUAUUUCAUGGAAAACAUGCAUAAAAAUAUUCAUUCUUUUACUUAUUCGGUAGAAAGACACGUCGUCUUCCAAUUUCAUACUCAAAAGAAGAGUAUAAUUCGGUUUUAAAAAAGUUUCUAAUUGUGAGAUUUUUUAAAUGGCCGUUCAUGAAACGUCAUGUAUCUGCAUUUACGAAUGUGGCUUGUAAAGUUAAAAAUAUUGCUCAAAUGCACUGCUUAAUUUUAUGAACCUCAUAUGGUCCCCUCUUAACACCAAGGAGAAAUGCAUGGUUUUCCGUACACGGAAAAUAUACAGCUUGUAGUUAUGAAACCCCGAAUGCAAGUGUAACAGCAGGUCGGGUUCAAAAUUAUUCGGGAAUAAGAAAAGUUUUUUAAAACCGAAUUAUACUCUUCUUUUGAGUAUAAAGUUGAAAGAAGACGUGAUUUUCUACCGAAUAAGUAAAAGAAUGAAUAUUUUUAUGCAUUUUUUCCAUGAAAUAUAAUUGAAUUUUCAAGGGCAUCGAAAAUCAAUCAGAAAAUUCCCUACUACUUAAGUAGUCAUUUUUUGCAUAGUAUAGAUCUUGCAUGCAGCCGGAAAUAAGUUCUUUCGAAAGCCGACACCCUGAGGUAACUGGAUCAUUAUAGAUUUAUGCUGCAUCUUGGUUGACAUUUCAUGAGUUAGCACAUCUACAGUAAGUAGAUUAUUCCUCUGAGCAAACAAGUUCAUGUACAAGCAUAUAGGGUUUCCAUGAAAACGUAAAUUGGUUAUACAGGAAAUUCGACUGGCUCGACGCGAAUGCUUUUAAAAAUGAAUAGUACAGAAAGCUAACAUUUGCUUUCCGCGAAACGGCGUAACUAGGUUUUUUUAAUAAACUCCAACGCUAAUCCUUCAGUAUUUUAAACGAACAGGAUGUAUCCUGAACUCUUAUACAAUUUAAAACAAUUUUGGGUCUCGCGGUGUGGCCUGUUCUCCUAUAUGUCAAUUCACGUUGUUAAAAUCUUGGGGGAAUUCCGGGACCUAACAUGGCAGGCUAGGUUACCCAAUUAACAAUUCAGUUGUCGAGAUCGUUCACUUUGACGACUGAAACUGACGCACAGUGACAAUUCCGGAUGUGUCUGUUUUGACAUAGCCCACGUAUGCUCACGUAAAAACGUAGGCGCUUGAGCACAGGAAACACUGAUGGAACUUAUUAUAUAUUCUGUCAACUACCAAAGCAUACGUAAGUGGGGUUGCAGGACCGCUAAAUAUAUGACAAAAUUCCAAACAAACCCGCAGAUUUCAUUAUUGUUGACACGGACGGUUAGCGUGAGAACCUUGCCUACCAGAAUGAGGCACGGGCGUAUAGCGCAGAGGGCGUCAUCGUUUAAGUUGGUCAAGAAACCAGUCUCCCGCGCUGAGACAAAAUCCGGUCUACUUGGGGAACUACGAGACGAAAAGUUAGCCCAAGUUUGGAAACACGCCGACACUGUAGAUUUCAUGAAUAAAAGUCUCCGCUGAGGGCUGGUAACGUUUUGCUACUCCGUUUAGACACUCGUAAAUAACUGCACGACUGGUUUUAUUAGAAAUUGCUUAAAACGCUUUCACCUCCUAGAGUCCAUUAUAAUGAGGUUAGAGAAGUCCGACAUUCAGGAACUAUUUAAACUUCCACACAAACAUUUGCAUCAUCCAGUACCCACACGUUUGCAGAACGUACUUUAGGACCCCUUUAGAUGCCCCAAACUCAGCCCAAUGCUUCAGAAAUAUGCAGAAGGCACUUUGCUACCGAAAUGACAAAAACUGCGGAACUAUAUCAAGAAACGUACGUGGUGGAUUGUAAAGAAAACGUAGAGUUAGUAUGUUGUUUCUAAAAAGUUAUAGGACUAAGGACUUAUCCAAGUCUAUAAUGUGUCAUCAUUUAAAAUGAAGGAUUCAGGAAAACAGGACUUAACUUGACAUCUAUAUAAGAAAUAACGUUUUGGGUCCUUCAAAGAACCACAUUUACCGUAGAUAUGUAUACAAGAAGUGAUUAAAUGUGCGUCCCGCCUAUGUUGUUAUUUUGUCUGAAUGCCAUCCUUAUAGGCAACCUGUCCAUCCAAAGACUUUUGCAGCUCUUCGAGAGAUUUAGUGCCCGCGGCUACAAGAUACCCACUGACUUGCAGGUGUGUGUAAGUAAAAGCAUCCAUUUCCUACCAAAAGGAAAAACUGCGUCCACCCCCUAGGGAUGUCUUUUCGUUCUGAUAUUCCAGGCCGUGAUUUCGGCUGCUCUGCCUUAGAGACUGGGGAGUCCUGUGCACAGCUGCCAUUACUUUGCUCGCGAUUUGUACACAUAUUAUGCCUGGUGCACACACCGCCAAUGCUGCGAAAAAAAAUCCCCGUUUCACCAUGGUCUGUGCCGCCCCCGUGCCUGUUGAUUGUAAGGAAAAUUGGCAUAGCCCAUUUUAUGCCACCGUUUGGCUUUAAAAUAAUGUCUUCUAAAGUCAUCUCACGCUCUAGUGACGCUCAACAGGCCGACCACGCCUUCUUCUGUCCAAUAAAAUCAUCUCGUUUCCGGGGAACGGCCGAGGCAAGUGAGAUGUUGCGCCACGUCAUCUUCAAAUAAAUGCACUCCAGGGGACUGCAAUCAACCAGGAGGAGUGGGGAAAAUAUGUUUUAGCAGACACUUUAUGGAAAAUGCAAUUUAAUAUAGGAUAGUACUCUAAAGCCCCUAUAGUUCAGUAUGAUUUAAACUACAGCGACAAGAACCUAAGACGAAGAAAGAUAAGUAGGCUUUUUUCCAAAGAAGCGAUAAACUCCAUAGCCCGGAAAGUGUUUGAGGAAAACGGCUGGUGCGCAGCAAACUGGCAAUGGCUCCCUUACAAUUCGAUUCUGUUUAUAUUCGAAAUUGUGUAGGAGGGAAGUGAGUCUAACACCGGGAAUUGGGCUCAACUGGACAGUAAUAUGAGCUGAUUUUAUUUACUGGAUGACUCUAACCUGCAAGUACGGAUGGUUGGAGAUCGCGUUAAAUUCUGAGCAACAAAAACUACCCCAUAAAAAAGGCAAGUCCUAGGAACAAAUCAGGCGAAGGGAGACGGGGAUAAAUGCGCUAAACUUCUAACGUUUUGUAUUGUUUGAUCAACAAUUCAUAACCGAAUAUUAUAUGGCCAAAAUAAAACAGAGUUCCUCUUAGCUUGCCGCAGCGGUUUUCCCCAUUAUCUUCCUCACAACAUUCCUACUCAUAUAUAUAUAAUUUGCUUUUUAGGCUGUCUGCAAGAGUAUAAAAGGUUUAAACACUCUAAAACUCAGUGACAUGCAGGCGAGUAUUAGAUUAAGGAAUUCCUUAGCACCGUAUGGGGUAGUCGCCUUAUACAUAUAAACAGAUUUCCAAUAGGUAACAUAUAGAAGGUUCGGAUUUUUUCCAGAGUUAUUUUCGGAUAAACUGAAAAGCUUCUAAUGUUCAGGGGUCAUUUUUUCAAAUAAAAAGCGUUUAUUCUUGGCGGCUCUAGAGUUUUACACCAAAUUAGUUAGUCCUCCUUGUAACGUUCUUGCCAACUGGCAAGGAUCUGGAGAUGGGUACCCUCAGCUCUACGAUAUAGGGUUCUAGUUUUUAUAGAAGAACUGACUGACAUCUCUCACGUAUUGACUAGCAAAUCGGGUUUUUCACGGUUGGCUCAAAGUGAAUUAUUUAAUAUCUGCUAUAACACCCAAGAAAUUAGGUUUUCUUCCUUGCGCGUUUGGGCACCAAAGUUCUUGAGGUUCCUGCCCAGUCAAUAUCGAGUCUCUUACUUGGAAUGGUGGGUUUGCUGAAAAAUUCGAAUUCUGGACAACUAAGUUAUUUAAAUGCCCGAAACUUGCCUUAUUAUAAGCGCAGAAUCCCAAACUGGAGCUCAAAAUUGCAAUUUUUCAGGCGCCCAAUGGGAAGUGACUAAUGUUUUUGUUCUGACCACUUAGGUCACUAAAAAGACCAAUUAUUACCCUGUCAGGUCUUGAUCAAGUGUUUGCUUCGUUUGAAUUGAUAACAGAUACCCAAGUAACACUGCAAAGUCAUCGCCAAUGUACACUUUGGAGGAGGUACUCAGUUUUGCAUGGAUUUGGGAAAUUUUAUGCAAUGAGACUGGGUUGAUUUUGAAUUACCCUGUGCAUAAUAAUUAGUUUUUUUUUCAAGGGGCACGAGUGGCCGUUUAUCUGCAGAAUUCUGUAAUACAGUUAGUAAAAUUUCAAUCGCAAACCCACACCCCGUAUCUUCGAAAUUUCGGUCUACUCAAAUGGAAUUUGGAAAAAGGUUUUGAUGAAUUUUUCGCUUAUUGAAUGCAAUCUUGAACCCUAAAUAAACUGAGCGUAAAGCUCUACAAAUGAAGUUUAUCUUAAUUUGUGUGAUCUCAUGAUCGCAGUUGCAACUAUCUCUCUUCUCUGUGACUAUGUUUUUCAGGCGGAAUGCGAAUCAAACAUUGCUGAGCUGGAAAGCAUGACAAUGCGACUUGAAGAGGAACAGCAACGGUUAGACUAA